AUGCCUACUCGAACGCCGCGCCCCAGCGAAUUCACGUCCCCAAAGCCGGCGCGUGACCUCCUCGAACUGCGGGCCAGCGGCCCUCUCCGGUGCGCGUUGAGAUAUCUGUCGAAGCCGGGCGUCCACCGCCUGCCGCGUAGCUGCCACACGCGGAACUCCCUCCAGCGGUCCCACUGUCUGGUUCGCCUCGACUCGCGUGAGGAGGCCGGCGUGGAACAGCGGCCUGCAGCCGUCAUCGAGGAGGGCUUUGUGACACCUGGUCUCGUACUCGAGCUCUUCGGUUUCGGGAGUGCGGUGAGGGCGACGGCAUCCAACCUGUCGCCGUACCAUCCGCCGCCGAUCUGCCCCGCGGCCUUGAGCAAGACGGGGCUGGUGGCGACCGUCUGCUCCCGAGGCUCUGGCGCUGGUCGUGGGCUCAAUGUCGGAUUAGUCCUCGUUCGCGUCGGGCUGGCCCUCGCCGACGUCCUCGUCGGCAGCGCCGAUGAUGCGAGCGACUCCUGGCCGUCGACAUGCUCAUCGCCGCGCUCGGUCGCGCGUGCCAGACAGCAUGUUACCAAAAACAAUAAGCAGGAUAGCCUGCCUUUUGCCGAAGUCCUAAGCUUCGAGGCGGCUGGCUUUGCCGCUACGGCGCGGCGUUUCCGCGGUACCGAAGCCCGGACGUCGGGCCACGCAGUUCCGCCGGAUGCGCACAUUCCCCAUUUCCUCGCCAUCUUUGGCGCCUGCAGCGUCGUCAUCUUCAACUACCAAAAGAUGUCCAGUCCCGUGGUGGCGUCGACCUUGUACGCCCUGCGCGUCUCGCCCGAGGACGGCUCCAAGAUCGACCUGCUCGCCGGCAGCGACCCCUUCAGGGGCAUGCAGCUCGACAAAUCGCUGGAAAACUACCUGAACGAUAAUAACGAGGAGGACCAGCCUACAACGAGGGGUUUCAGGCAGAUGGCAAGAAAUAAGGAAGCAACAAGGAAAGCCCUGCUGGGUUUUGGAUGGAUGUGGGAGAAGUCUUUUCGAUGGCGCCACGGCAACGAAACCGAAUGCCGUGGAUCAAAGGCGACCCGCAAGGGCAAGACAAUGCUGCUCUGCGGCUGCCGACCGCAGCCUUUCCUGUACUUCUGCCAGGCCACUGUGUGCCAGCCCAUUACGCUCCACGAACUAGCAUUUCGACGGAUGCUUGCAUAUACGAUAUAA